CCCCGUCUAUCUGCACUGCCUCAGGAGAUCCCCAUUACACCACCUUUGACGGCCGUGUCCACCAUUUCAUGGGCAACUGCACCUACACCUUGGCUAAACUCUGCACCAAUUCCACCAAGGGCCUAGAGGCCUUUGAUGUGUCCACCACCAAUGAGCACCGGGGCUCCAACCUGGCCGUGUCUUACGUCAACUCAGUGCAUGUGGCCGUGUACGGAAGCCGAGUGUCCUUGCUGAAGAACAGGAAGGUUAAUGUCAACAGCACUCGGAAGAACCUGCCGGUGUAUGUCGGAGGCAACAGGAUCGUGGUGCAGUUGAGUGGCGGCUACGUGAUCCUGAAAACAGACUUUGGCCUGAGCGUCCGCUUUGAUGGGAACCAGUAUGUGGAAGUCGCCGUGCCAUCCGAAUAUCAGGGACAGCUCUGUGGCCUGUGUGGUAAUUUCAAUGGGGAUCCAGGAGAUGACAACCUAAAGCCUGAUGGACAACCUGCAGGAGACUCAACUCACCUCGGAAACAGCUGGCUUGUCCCAGACAACAGUGGCGUAUGUUCCGGCCCAUCAGAAUCAUGUGACCCAAAGCUGGAGGAGGAAAUUCGGAGGAAUUCCGCUUGCCGCCUGAUCACAGAUCCAACAGGGCCCUUCAGGCAGUGCCAUGCGGUGGUGGACCCAACCCAUUUCCUGGAGAACUGCAUUUAUGACGUGUGCCUCACCCAAGGACAGCAGACCUCCGUGUGCCAUGGGCUCCAAGCCUACGCUGCCUCCUGUGCCAACGCUGGGCAGUGCGUGGAAUGGCGGAACUCCACCCUCUGUCGUGACAUGCGGAGCCAUUUGUGCCGACUUCUGGGGGAGACCUGGUUCAUCGAUGAGUCCUGCCAAGACCGAUGCACCUGCGAGCCCAACAGCGUCAUCACGUGCGCCUCGUGGCAGUGCGGUGCACAGGAGACUUGCGCUGUUCAGGACGGAGUGCUGGGGUGCUACAACAAGGGCCGGGCCUCGUGCCACGUGGUGGGAGAUCCCCAUUAUUACACCUUUGACAAAGUGAUGCACACCUUCCUGGGCACCUGCCUGUACACCCUGGUCACUGCUUGUGACACCAGGAGCCUCUGCACCGUCACGCCCUUCAACAUCACGGGGAAGAAUGAGGACCGGGGCCUACGAGGAGCCACCUACCUCCGGGAGGUCCAUGUGGAUGUGUACGACCUACGGAUCACGCUCCAGAAGGACAAGAAGAUUCUGCUCAACAAGGUGAGAGCCUACACACCGGUGGAGAGCCGCUCCCAACGGAACUUGGUGACGGUGUCGAACGUUGGCAGUUACAUGGUGGUGGAAACCGACUUUGGGCUGCUGGUGAAAUACGACGGGAACCAAUACUUGGAGAUCAGCCUGCCGAGCUCCUACUCCUCUCAGGUGCGUGGCCUCUGUGGGAACUACAAUGGCCAAGACAGAGAUGAGCUGCUGAUGCCCAACGGAUCCCAGGCCAAGAACGUCACUCAGUUCGGGAACAGCUGGAAGGUGGAUGACCCUGAAGACGCAAGCUGCCUGCCAGACACCCGCCCAGAGCUGGGCCCCCCUUGUGCCCAGGGCGACCUGCCCUCCGUGGAGGAACAGUGCCAGGUUCUGGGAUCCAGCGCCUUCGUCCCCUGCCACCCGCUGAUAAAGCCAGACCUCUUCAUCCAGACCUGCGUCUACGACAUGUGCAAGUACGACGGGAUGCAUUCCACCCUGUGUGCCGUGGUGCAGGCCUACGUGGACGCCUGCCAGGCCAAGGGAGUGCCCGUCCAGUGGAGGAACAGCACCUUCUGCCCGCUGCCCUGCCCGCCCAACAGCUUCUACUCCCCCUGCGCCCCUCCCUGCCCGCCCACCUGCAGCAACAUCUUCGCGGGGGAGCUGUGCGAGAAGCCCCCCGGCGGGGAGUGCCUGGAGGGCUGCGUCUGCCAGCAGGGCUUCGUGCUCAGCGACAGCCAGUGCGUGCCCCUCGGCCAGUGCGGCUGCCAGGACAAGGACGGCCGGUACCACAAGAUCGGGGAGAGCUGGCUCACCCCCCACUGCAGCCAGAAGUGCCGCUGUCGCAGGGGUGGCGCCAUCAAGUGCCAGGACUUCGGCUGUGAGCCCGGGGAAAUCUGCCAGAGCAAGGAGGACGGGAAGCUGCACUGCAAACCCACAGGAUUUGGCAAGUGCCUGAUCACAGGAGACCCCCACUACCUGACCUUUGACGGCCUGCUGCACCACUUCCAGGGGCUGCACUCCUACGUGCUCACCCAGACCCGGCCCGGUGCCUCCGAGCGCCUGGAGCCGCUCAGCAUCGAAGGGACCAACCGGCUGGCGAGGGGCUCCGGCCAGCCCUCUCUGCUGAAGGAGCUGCGCAUCCGCGUCUACAACCACACGGUGGUCUUCAGGCAGCGGAAGAAGCUGGUGGUGGACGGAGUGGCCACUGAGCCCCCGGUGAGGCCUCACGAGGGGCUUCGCAUCCAGCAGAGCGGAAGGCAGAUUUACCUGGAGUCCGACUUCGGCCUUACAGUCAGCUUUGACGGCUUGGAGAAUUCAGGCAUCCUGCUACCCAACAGCUACCGAAAGAACCUGGAAGGCCUCUGUGGCAACUUUGAUGGGAAGUACAAGAACGACUUUGCCAAGCCAGAUGGCACCCCGGUCAGAGAUGUGAACACCUUCGGGGAGAGCUGGCGAGUGCCACUCAAGAGAGGCGCCUCCCGCCUCAGGCGAGACGCCAUCGCUGCCGAAGAAGCCCUGGAGGAGGCUGAGCUGGACGUGGGAUUUUUGCCCCUUUGCUCCGAAGAGGACAUGAAGGUGCACAGCGGCCCCUCCGCCUGCGGCGUCCUGGCGGACCCCAAGGGCCCCUUCCAAGGCUGCUUGGCCCACGAGACCCCCGACCCCUUCGUGCAGAGCUGCGUGUUCGACAUGUGCAGAGAAGCCAACCGGACCACCAGCCUAUGCCCCAUCCUGGACCAGUACGCCAGCCUCUGCCAGGGCAAGAACGUCUCGCUGGCCGACUGGAGGGCAGCGACCGGCUGCGGUCUCCAGUGCCCGCCCCACAGCCGCUACAACCCCUGCAUGUCGGCCUGCCCCCCGUCGUGCUCAGACCUGGCGGCCCCUGCCAGCUGCAGCUCCCCCUGCCUGGAAGGCUGCGAGUGCGAACCUGGCUACGUCCUGAGCGGCUACGACUGCGUGCCCUUCCGGGACUGCGGCUGCAGCUUCUUGGGCAAAUACUAUAAGGCUGGCGACCGCUUUAUGGCCGAGGACUGCAGCCAAAACUGCGUCUGCCGGGACAGCUCCAGCCUCUCCUGCCAGGAGGCCGGCUGCCCCCAGGACCAUCGCUGUGGGAUCUUCAACUUCACCCGGGGCUGCUAUCGUGCCGACCCCUGCCAGCCCAACCCUUGCCUGCAUGGUGGAACCUGCGUGCGGGGCAACAGCAGCUCCGAGGGCUUCCACUGCGAAUGCCAGGAGAAGUACCAGGGGAAACGCUGCGAGGACCAGCCAGAAGGCUUUAGCGAGCCUUCUGCUCCCUCCAGGGCCGGGAGCGGGUCCCGGUGA